AGAUACAUGGACAUCCUAAAUUAGCAAUCCUAAAUUAGCAACCCUCGUCAUCGUCUUGUCCUCCCACCACCAUGGCUUCCGCUGCAAUCCAGUGGGCACCGGCACCCGGAAGACACAAGGUUGCCAUUGGUUCGUCUCUAGCUAGAGCCCUCAAGGCAAGGAAAGGCCCGGCGCCGCCCAAACGAUCGAACCUACCCGAUCGUGACUUCUAUUCGUUUAGGUACAAUUUCACUCCAGAAUCUAUUGACCCAGAUAGACCCGGCACUGUCGAAGUUAAGCGUGGCAAGGAAUCCACGUCUAUUUCCCUUGAACGACCUAGUACACAGGGAGAGAACUAUGUCUUCAAAGGGAUCGAACAUCCAGUCAAGGACUACGAUUGUGUACUAAUUUACGAUGAGGAGCUUGGCACUUUCACCCUCGAAAAAGUAGACGGAUUCAUGACGUUUAGUUACGACAGAAAAGUACAAGGUUCAGGGCCAAGUACCCAGAACGUCACUUCUCCCCAAACGUCCACCCCACAAACUAGAGAUGAUUCAGACCUUGAUAAAAAACUCGAAGAGCUUCUCGGUACCGAAGAUGCGGAAGGAGAACCCGACGACGAGUACGAGGAAGUAAUAAAUACGCGGAACAUGCGCAAGGAGGAAGAAGAGGAGGAGGAGGACCUGCUAGAAACAUUACUAAAGCCAUCUCCACCCGUCCGGCCACCAGAUCCACCUCCCAAGCAGAAGGCAUCACGCGCUCCGCUGAAGAAACAAGAAUCUAUACCAAAACCCAAGACGAUAUCAAAAGAUGCGGCGAAACCCAAGAAGGAGCCCGAGAGUCGCGUAAUGUUAGAUUCGGUUUUGGUGGAAGAACUCGACCCCGGAGUUCUUCCUGCGCGCCCACUCAAACGACAUAAACCCACCCCACCUGAGGGUCUGGCUCUACCUAGUGCCUCCGCUUCCGUCGACCUACCGUCUUCGCGGCCACCUCCGCCAGCCCAGGAUGCAGAUGACUCUGACUUAGAUGACUACUGGGAAUCCGUACUCGUAGAACCGGAGCCAGGAACCGACCUGGAUAACGAUGCAGAGGAAAUCGAUCCCGAUGAGUUCGGUCGGGAAAUGGAGGCACAACUAGGAGGAACCGGGGAUGAAGGUUCUCCGGAACCGGAUACCAAGCGACAACCGAUGUCGCUUAAUGAUUUUGCGCGAAGCCAGUUCGGCGGUCAGUACAGCGAUGAUAGUUCGUCGUCGAGUGAGGAGAGCGACGACGAAUAGUCGUACAUCUCGUGGAUUGCUGGCGCCCACAUAAUCCUGUCGAUCACACCCGUAUUCUAAUGUCUUAUACCUCGUGUGUAUUAUACGUCUCUCAAUGUACAUACGUAGUCGCUGAGUAUGUAGUAACC